ACCAUUUCUGUUUCCAAAACAAUGACAAGAUCAAUGAUCAUCAGCCCGACUAACAACUGUGUUUCUUCCUUUCAAUUUUCAGUGUCUCCCAGUCUAAAUUAACUACGUGAUGACAGACCCUAAAAAUUACAACUCCAGCGGCUUCAAUAGAUGGAUCAACUUCAUGCCUCCCCAUCCACAAUACUACUGCUCUGAAUCCACUUCUUCUUUCAAUUCCAAUCCUUAUCAUCCACAUCUUCAGUUCUCUCAUAACUUGAUGUAUAACAACUCCUUCUGUGUUGUUCAGAGCCAACCCUCAUCAUCUCAUGAUUCUCAUCUGAAAGAAGCUCUGCCUUUAAUAAACAAACUAAACCCUAGAGGAGCACAAUUAGAGGAAGAGGAAGAGGAAGAGGGCACAAGUCACAACCCCAAGAACAAAGCUGAUGUCGAUGAUGAUGAUGUAGCCCUACGUAUAGGCCUCCCAAGUAGUAAUUAUAGUAUUGAUCCGGGUAGUGGUGGUAUGGAAGUAGAUCAAUCUAAUGAUGAUGAAUUAGGAGCAGCUGCGAGUGUGGACAGAUUAAACAACGGUCAUUACUGGAUUCCCACCCCUUCUCAGAUUCUAAAUGGCCCAACUCAAUUCUCAUGUCCUCUGUGCUCCAAAACCUUUAACAGAUACAAUAACUUGCAGAUGCAUAUGUGGGGACAUGGAUCUCAAUACAGGAAAGGACCGGACUCUCUAAAAGGAAAUAAGCCCACAGCAAUGCUGAGACUCCCUUGCUACUGCUGCGCACAAGGUUGCAAGCACAACAUUGACCACCCAAGAGCCAAACAACUCAAGGACUUCAGAACUCUCCAAGCACAUUACAAGAGAAAGCAUGGGAUAAGGUCCUUCAUCUGCAAAAGAUGUGGCAAGUCACUUGCUCUGAAAGGUGAUUGGAGAACUCAUGAAAAAAACUGUGGCAAGAUUUGGCAUUGCAUUUGCGGCUCUGAAUUUAAGCACAAGAGAUCUCUCAAAGACCACAUUAAGUCCUUCGGUGUAGGACAUGGAGCUUUCGAUAUCGAGUAUUUUGAAGAGGAUGAUGAACCAGCAUCUGAAAUAGAACACAUAUGAUCGAGUACGUUGCUCCUCUAUCAUGAUGGAUAUGGACAUAUGGUAAACUUGGCAGUCUUGGCUUUGCCUUUCUUAUAUAUGUUCAUUCUUCUCCUUUGAAAACUGGGCUAGUAAUUAUGAAAACUAUCGAGCUGCUUUGGUUAUGAACGUAUAAGUGAUUAACAAGCUUUGCUAAUUUCAUCAUUCUUCUUUUAUUCUUUUAUAUUUUUUGUUGCAGCAACUUCUUUCUAAUUAGUUAUAUAGAAAAACAAAACAUUCUUUUCAAAUGCUUGUGUUUAGUUUGACUUAAUUAGUAUCAGAGAAAAUAUCUUUAAAAAAAUCCCAAGUCCUUGGGGUAGUGUGUAUCGGGAGUAUAUAUACAUGCUGCACGUACAAGCGAGCAGGUGCUGUUGGUUGUGGUUUCUCACCGAAUUGGAGAUAGGUCGGUUGGUGGUUAGGUGUGGUACCGUGUUCGAUACAAGCAGGUCUCCAUGCUGGUUUGGAACUUUGGAUGAAUUAAUGGAUGAUGGUGUUGAGCCGUCCGAGACGCCUCUGUGAUGUCAUAGUGCAUGCAACCGGACUUAUAGGUUGCUGCUGCAAAAGUUGUUCGAGGCUUAUGGGCAUUUCUAACAUCCUUCGCUGUCUCUAAUGGAUUAUCUCAUGUUUUUGUAUAUGACGCGCUAAUACUUCUUCCUGGCCCAGAUUUUCUCCUUCAAUUGGCCAAAGUAUUUGGGUCGAACUUGUAUAUGUGGUGUCAAAUGCACAAUCCUAGGCUCUCGUACGUGGGCAGUUUAUUUUGUUUUUAUUCGGGCAUUAGUCUUGGGAGAGAUGGGAUAUAUUUUAGGUCAUCUUGCAAUUUUUAUUCGGGCAUUAGUCUUGGAAGAGAUGGGAUAUAUUUGAGGUCAUCUUGCAAUUUCUAUGAUAUCAAGGAUCACUAUAUCCUCCACAACUAGUUGCUGAAGCCGCAACUUUUGUUUUCUCGAAGAUUUGUGAGUUUCUUUUUUUCCUUGGUAAUUCAAGCAUUUGUGUCGUUGGGACUUGAAUCAAUGGCCGGAGAAGUUUCAAUCCCUCAUAAUCACCUAAGUGCAAGAGGUAAUAUUACCCAAAAGCCCGAGAGCUAGUGAAUCCAGCAAGGAGACCACACAGGCCAAACACACCCACUGUUCUGCCUCACUAAGUCGUACCACCGCAAGAAUCGACGUCAAAUAAUGUCCUAUGUUUCGCCAUCACCGUGCAACCCUGAUCUAACCUAAAUCUGGAUGGAUAAGCAAGUCAUCGAUCAUAGCCUUCCAACAUUGAUACUAGGGAUCGAAGGGUUGACAUCAAGUCUUAUCCACGCGACCACAAUCGAUAAACACUCUCCCAAUGCAAUCCACCUUACCUCAACCCCCAAGCAUCAUCGUCUUAGGCCACAUUUGGUUCGCAGAAAGUAAAUAUCAAGAAAAGAAACUUGUUCAUUUCUUGCGUUUGGGAUACAAAAGGAAAUGAAAUACUUUCCUGAAGAAAGGAAAAAUAAGAGGGAAAAUGGUUCCUUGCAAACACCAAAGGAAUCUAUUUCCCCUAUUUGUUCCUUGCAUUUAUUACUCACAACACAUUAUUUUAUUUCAUUAAUUACAAACUUUUUAACUACUUUUAGUUUCCUUCCCAUGGGAAAGACAAAAGAAUUACUUUCUUUUUUGUGAACCAAACGAGAUGAAUCGGGUCCAAUAUACAACACCAUAAGCCAGGGACCCAAAUGCCCCACCCGAACCACCAAUGUAGUUAUGCCUACGCCUAAGGAAACCGCUGAGGAGAUCACCAUCGAUACACGUCUGUCCAACAUCGAUGCCUAAUAGACGCGUCUGUCCAACAUCGAUGCCUAAUAGACGUGUUGCCGCCAACAAAGCAUGUAUAUAUACUAGAGGAGGUAGGCAUGUGUAGCGCAUUCUUACGUAGAGUAUUUUUCAAUCACUUGUCUCUUAGACUUUUUUAAUGUAAAUUUUGGAAAUUAAAAUUUUGGGAAUGAGAAGUUUGUUUUUUUUUUUUUCGUUUUCUCUUUGAGCGGGAAAGAUAGAAAAUCCAUACCUUUUUUUUUUUUUUGUACGAAAGAAACUACAAUCAAAAUGGUUUGGGAAAAAAAAAUCAAAAUGGGCUUGACCCAAAUUCUUUAAUGAACUCCCCACCUUUGCAAACCCCAAAAUAUCUCUCUCUCCCUACCACACAGCAGCAGCGGCAAUCGAGGGAAUGAUGGCUGUGGCUUUGGUUAUUUCUCCAACCUUCUGUUGCAGGCCAUCAAACGGUUCAAAGAUCGUCAAAUCGUGCUCCAAUAUUAGUAGUGAUAGCAAAACUUACACAUCCCAAAUCGGAACGAAGAAGCGAUGCUUGAGGUGCAACACCCUCUACACAGACGAGGAUAAUUCCCCUACUGCUUGCUCCUUCCAUGGCCACAGUACUGGAGAGAAGGGAUUAUUUGCAUUGGCUCCACCACACCAAGGAAUUGAUGGAGAGUGGAGUGACAGGUCUGGAGUAAUUGUGUAUAGAUGGAAUGAGAAGAACAAGAGACCAAACACUGGAAGUGGGAAUUGGAAGAAAAGAUGGAGCUGUUGUCAAGAGUAUGAUCAGGAUGCCACACCCUGUCAAAGAGGAUGGCAUGUUUCCUAUGAUGAUGGCUUCACUCUAUAUUAGCAAUCUAGCAGUGGCCUUGAAUUAAUGUCCUCAUCCACCCUUUUCGCUGAGCAGUAUGAUAUAGAGUAUGUCGACCAUGGUGCGUUUGUCGUGUAAAAUCAAUACCUUCUUAUAUAUAUGAGAAGCAUUUUGGUUGUCUUGUAUCCUUUCAAAUUUCGACAAUCAGAGUCACUCCGGCCGCUUUAAUACCAGCUAUACCUAAGACCUUAUGAACUUUGAAUGUAAUCCACUUUGUAAAUGGCAGAUUGGGAGCUUAUUAUGCCAAGUUAUUUUGGGUCUGCCUGUUCUGUUUCAACACUACUUUUCCUGCAAAAUCGAAAGAACUUGGGAUUUGUCAACUA